AUGAUGAGGUCUUCUCCAGAUUCAGUGCGCAAACCCUCUGCCCCAUCUCUUGACCCUCCCACCUUCUUCCUAUCCCGCACCCCGCAUGUCUCGGAAAUGGAGCCGAGUCUCGUGCGGCCGGACGAGACGAAAGAGAGUAUGUACGGCGUACACAGUAUCGAUACCACGCAUUCAAUAUACUCCGCUCCCAACAGUCCUUUGGCGACCGGCUUAGAUGUCCACACGCAGUCGACGAAGGCGGGUCCUGGCCAGGACCCGGGGCAGACCUCCCCGGGAGGGUCCCGGCCGUUAACUCCGUUCACACUGGGUCUCCCGGACGACUUGUCACUCCCCAGCAGUCCCAAGUCCAUCUCCAAUCAAUCAUUACGGCCGCUCGAUGAGAUUUCGAUCACAGACGAAAUUGAGAGUCAGGCCGUCGGAUCGGGCGACGAGGAGGCAAAAGGAUCCCCACGAAUAGGUGGGGCAUCCCAGCUGAUCAUGCCAAGUAUCAAAAUGCCGAGUCGUCGGCCGUUCACCGAGCGAGGCAAAGCCAUGGGUCGGUUCAAAGUUCUUUUGGCAGGAGCCCCUGGUUCGGGAAAAACCGCUUUGAUCAAGGCCCUUGUCCAGACAUGUGACGAUAUCGUCCAUGUCGAUACCAUCCCGGUGAGCUCGGUGGAGCGUCGCAGACCAUCCCAGUCGGGACGCCCAUCGACGACCGAAAUUUAUGCUAGCACCAAACCUUAUCCAACGUGGUGGUCGGAUCUGGAAGAUUCGCGCGUGCUCAAACGCCGGAAAAGUAUUGGGGAAAUCGUGCUCGAGCGGAAUCUCUGUUUUGUCGACACGCUAUCGAACUUAAGUCGUGCAGGUCAGACAGAUGCCACGGCGCAAUACAUGUACCACCAACUGGUUCGCGCGACCAAUGCAAUCAGUGGUUCGAAUGUGGAUUUCCAAAACCUCCUUGCUGGGAAUGGUGGAUCCCAAGUGGAUGCCGUAUUAUAUCUGAUAUCCCAUGACACCCUAUCAACAGAUGUGGAGUGCAUCCGCAAACUCAACGAGCUCAGCAACGUAAUCCCAGUGAUAUCCAAAGCAGACACACUCUCCCCAACCCAGAUCAGCACACUCAAAGUCCACUUCCACGACCAAGCUCGAGAAGUCGGGAUGAAGCCUUUCCUUUUCGGCCUCAACGAAUCCAGUAUAGACUCCCAGCCCCCGUACGCUGUUUCUUCGGCGAAAGGGUCAGACCCAGAAACCAUGGAUGCCAGCAUCCUCAUGAGCCCGGACUACGUCCAACCUCUCAUCCCCUCCGAACUAACCACCCUAGUCGACCAAAUAUUCGAUCGCGAUAACCUCGCCUGGCUGCGCCACUCCGCCGCAAAGAAACUGAUCCAGCGCGCCUCGGCUCUGCAACCCAUUCUCACCAACCCAGCCCCACCUGGUGGAUCCCGUCCUCCCUGGCAGGCCGCCUCUCCGUCCCCACCCAGCUACGCCAUGGCCCGACUGACAGAUUACACUCGCACCGAGGAGCGCAUGGCCCAGGUCCGUCUGGCGCAGUGGGCGACCGAUCUUCAGCGCAGUCUGCAGAACGAGCGCGAUCGCUACACGGAGCUUGCGCGCGGCGAGCGGGCCGUGUGGUUGACCGAACGGCUGGGCGAGUGUGUCGUCGAUGGUUCCCUGGUGCCGCUUUCGCAGACGCCAGGCUUCUGUGGACCGAAGACGCUGCGGGCGCAUUCGUAUCGCGUUGGGAUUAGUCCCCAGGACCCGUUGGGGGUGGUGGGCUGGGUGGAUGAUUUGGGGAGGAGGAGCUGGGUGCUUGUUCAGAUCGUUGGGAGUGUCGGCGUUGUAGGGGGGUUGGCGCUCUGGUUAGCGCGUAAUUGGGGUCUGCCGACGCGCAGUCUGACGGAUCUACGGGUGGACUACUGGUGUAGUCUGGACCGGUGA